GAUUAUAACUUGGGCCUACACAUUGGAUCUGUAUUCAUCCUCCUGGCUGCUUCGCUUGCCGGUGUAUUGAUUCCUGAAGUGAUGAGAUGGCUACGCAUUGCAAAUGUGAUCUUUGCUUUACGUUUCUUUGGUGGUGGUAUUUUACUGAGUACCGCAUUUGUUCACUUGGUAGCCCAUGCAUUGACGUACUUUUCCAAUUCGUGCAUCGGGGAAUUGCAAUAUGAAGCCACUCCUGCCGCUAUCAUGAUGGCGGCUGUCUGGAUGAUGAUAGUGAUCAACUUUUUGAUCAUGCGCCCGCUGCGUCGAAAAGCUGCUUUGGCAAUCACUAACCAACAAGCGUUACGAUCGACGAAUAGCCAAAGCAAACAUCUUCAUUCCAAGAUCAAACUUGAGGAAUCCGAAUUGACUUUCUUGGAAGCGGGUAUCAUUGUUCAUAGUAUCGUCAUUGGUAUCACCAUUGGUACUUCUUCAGGCGAAGGAUGGGUUGCCUUUUUGAUUGCAAUCUUAUGGCAUCAAUUCUGUGAGGGAUUAGCACUUGCAAGUCGUAUUGUGCUCAUUCCUACAUUGAGUACGUUGAGGGUUUGGAUAAUGUAUCUUGCCUUUGUGAUCACAACACCCAUUGGUAUCGCGAUCGGAAUUGGUGUUCGUCAAUCUUUCAAUGGAAACGAUCGUGCAACUUUGUUAGCUAUCGGUAUUCUUACUGCCAUAUCUGCCGGGAUUUUAUUGUAUAGCUCCUUCAUUCAAGUUAUCGCUCAUGACUUCCUUCACGAUCCAAGAAUGCAUAAAGCAUCUUGGACAAGAGCGUUUGCUGCCAUUUUCUUCUUCACUUUGGGUGCUAUCGCUAUGGUGAGUUUAUAUAUGCAUACAUCCUGCCAAAAGCCGUUUACUAAUCUUCUUUUCCUUUUCCAGUCGGUUCUCGGGAAAUGGGCUUGA